GCCCAUCGCGGUCUGCGGGCGAGGGAGGUUUUGUCCCGCUCGGCGACCCGUCGGCGGAGCCGCUGCCCUGGUUACGGGCCGGCUGUUGUGCGGCGGGGCCGGUGAAGCGGAGCCCGUGUUGUGCUGUCGGCGGGGCGCGGAGCCGGGCGGGCCCCUCCGCCUCCCCGUGUAAGGGUGCCGCUACUAGGGGAUCAGGACACAGCCGGUGAGGCGAAUCCGGUGCCCCGCCGUAGGAUGGAAAGCGACUGGGACGGAUGUGCUUCUGGAGGAAGCUGCGAUCCUGACGUUGUCUGCGAAAAACAGUUGUUUAGGUCCGAACUGUCAGAGUCCCUCGUUCAGCUGGCGUGUAGUCACCAUCACUGCGCUUUCCCUUUGAAUCAAAAUGAGUUAUGCGUCUGGAAUACAGUGACUGCUCAGCCAUUACUUUUGUCAGGACAUCAUUACCCAAUUUCUGCAUUGUCAUUUGGAAGUAAAACCAACCCCCUUCUUGUCUGCUCUGCAUCUCGUGAACGUGUGAUAGUGUGGAAUCUUGAUGAAUGCACACAGAAGGUGCAAGAAGGAUUAACACCUCAAGGAGUUGUUAUUGGAACUCUUCUGGGAACGGUACUUCAUGUAAGAUUUAGUCUGGAUGAUCAACAAGUGGCAGUAUGUGCUGGAAAUCAGAUCUGCAUGUUAAGUGCAAAGAAGGAAGCUAUACUAGCUGAACUGGAUGGCCACCUGGCUCCAGUGACUGCUGCUGAGUUUUGUACAUGGGAGAAAAGUAUGCUUAUAUCAGUGUCAGAAGACAGAACCUUUAAGGUGUGGGACUAUGCCACCGGCCAGUUAAUACAUCAGUCAGGAGUAUUAACAGCAUUUCCUUUGCUAAGUCUGCUGGUUGAUGAAGAAAAUAAACAAAUUAUCACUGGAUGUUCUGAGGGACAGCUUUGGAUCUUCAGUUUAAUCAGUGAUCAUAAUUACCGUUGUGUAACACAUAUCAACUUAAAGAAAAAGCAAGAGAAAUUCUAUACUGAAAUGUUGAAAUCUGGAAAAGAAAUAGGUGAAGGGCAAAAUACUUCCAAGCUUUGCAGAGCAAAACCCAUGAGACCAGAAGGAUCAGUGGAAACAUCAUUACCUAUCCUCUUAAUUGAACACUGUGACUUUUUGGUGUGUUUCCAUAAUGAAGAGAACAUGUGUUCAGCCCUGAAUACUAGGUACUUUUGGAUAGGAAGCUCCACUGGCUUGUUAAUACUUAAUUUGGCAAACUUUGAAUUAGAAGCUUUUUUAUCUUACAAAGAUUUCAGUGACCUCAGCAUUCGAUUUGUCAGAUCAUGUUCAUUAACAAGGAAGUCAGUUAAUGGAAAGGUUUUAUGCUUGGUCACAUCAAUGUUCGAAGAUAUGAUUGCUGUGUUGGAAGUUAACCUUACUGCAUUGGUGAGAACUCAGCAGAGGGCUUUUCUCCCAUGUGGAAAUGAGAAGAGUCUAUCAGUUAUUGCCAGGUGUUCUUUACUGAAAAGUUCUCCAUUGUGUAAAGGUUUAAAGAAAAACAUGAAAGAACCUUCUAGUAAAAAACUUGGAACAAAAAGCACAGUGAAAGAUCAGCCAUUAGUUUUCCAUAAUAAAAUUAAGUCAUCGGGUUAUACAGCAGCACCAGGGAUGACCAUGUUUUCCCCUGUUAAUAAUCUGAAGAAAAAUAGGCUAUCGAAGUGGAAGACCAGUUGUAAACGUAAAAAUAACGAAUAUCCAUUGGAAAGUUGUCCUCCAAUCAAGUAUGAGAAAGAGAUAUCUGUAACCUGUAAACCAACCCCAAUUUGUUCCAUUCAGUAUUCUGGGGAUGGAGAGAUGCUGGCUUGCGGCCUGGCUGACAAAAGUGUGCUGAUCUUCAGUUCCAAUCUCACUGAUACAUAUAAUGUUUUUUCAGGUCAUGAUGGUGCUGUUAACUCUGUUGGCUGGAGUCAUGACAAGAAGUGGUUAGUUUCUGCAUCAGAAGACAGAACUUUAAGAGUCUGGUCAGUCUGCAGUAAUGAACCUGCCUUAAUUCUGGGUAAAGAAAAGUUCCAUAAGACUGUACGCUUUGCGCAGUUUUAUUUUAUAGAUGCAUUUAUAUUGCUGUGUUGUGGAGCUGAAUUUCAUGUAUUAAGUUUCCAUCCAGACACAACCAAGGAUGACCUCAAAAGAUAUAAACAGAGAAGUGUUUGCAAAUUGGUACAGACAUUUCCCAUGGCUUCAACAAUGGAGAUCACCAGCCUUUCAGCAGUAAAUGAAUUCUACUCUUAUAUUGUACUUACAGCCGGUAGCAACCGAGCACUGGAAGUUUUUGACCUCAAUGCAGGCUGCAGUGCAGCAGCGAUACCAGAAGUUCAUACUAGAUCAGUUCAUCAGAUCUGUCAAAAUAAGGGGUCAUCCUUCAGUACUCAACAACCCGAAGCUUAUAAUCUCUUCAUGACCACAGCUGCAGGUGAUGGCAUCAAACUAUGGGAUUUAAGAACUCUGAGGUGUGAACGUCGUUUUGAAGGGCACAGUAGCCGCUGCUAUCCAUGUGGAAUUGCAGUGUCUCCUUGUGGACGGUUUAUAGCCAGUGGAUCAGAUGACAAAUAUGCUUACAUAUAUGAAAUGCGUUCAAGCACUUUUUCACAUAAACUGCGUGGACACACAGAAUCUGUUAUCAAUGUGACUUUUAGUCCCUCGUCUCCACAGUGCUGUGUGGCUGUAGGGGUUGUUCAUCUACUUCCACUGUGGUUAUUGUGUCAAUUAUAAACUCAUACAAAAUGCUGCAUGCUACAGAGACAAAUGCUUUGACUAAGUGCCUACAAAGAAGAAUUCUGGCAUGGGAACUGUUGCACAACUGUACUUGUUGAAUGUUGGGAAAAUGUACAUCUGCCUCAAAUUACCUGACUGGACUAUUAAUUCAGAAAGUAUAAGAGAGAAGUAAGUAGGGGCAGGGAAAUAGCAAGGGGCUUAGGCGUGCUGUAGUUACUCAAAGGCCUGAAAGAUUUAAAAAGCAAUGUUAUUUUAAAUUAUGCCAUGUCAGAAUAAAUAAUGUAAUAACUUUAUCACAAUGUU